AUGGAAACAGAAGACGAUCUGUGCCAGAGCAAUUGGGGAAGAAGCUCUUCGAAACUGGGAAACCAAACUUUCACAAGAGCAAACCAAAAGUGGGAAGAUGCUUCAAUCUUGGACUACGAGAUGGAUAUGGAGCCACCUAGCUUGCAAGUCUUCCAACAGAUGAAAUCUUCAGGUCAAGAUAACAACAACAACAACACUCAAGUCAACGCUGAUUUCUUGCAAGGCGUUAGAGCUCAAGCAUGGGAUCCAAGAACGAUGCUCAGCAACCUAUCUUUCAUGGAGCAGAAGAUCCACCAGCUCCAAGACCUUGUCCAUCUGAUCGUCGGAGGACGAAACGGCGAGCUCGCUGCUCAGCAGCAGCAGCAAGAACUCAUAACCACCGAUCUAACUUCCAUAAUCAUACAGCUGAUAUCAACCGCAGGUAGUCUUCUUCCAUCUGUUAAGCAUAAUAUGUCAACAGCACCGGGUCCAUUAUUCACUGGACAGCCCGGUGGUUCUUCCUCGGCCAUGUUCCCUUACCCCAGGGAGGCUAAUAACGUUGCUUCACAGACCCAAUCCAUCGAUUUGCCUAAGCCGCAGCCGCCGCUUGCUGCUGCUCUUGUUGCUGAUGUUGAGAGGGAAGAGCAUGAGAUGAAAGAUGAAGAUGACGCGGAGGAAGGAGAGAACCUUCCUCCAGGCUCGUACGAGAUCUUGCAGCUUGAGAAAGAGGAGAUUCUUGCGCCGCACACGCACUUCUGCACCAUUUGCGGGAAAGGUUUCAAGAGAGACGCUAACCUGAGGAUGCACAUGAGAGGCCACGGAGACGAGUACAAGACCCCCGCCGCUCUCGCCAAACCCAACAAGGAAUCGCUACCCGGGUCUGAGCCGGUGCUGAUCAAACGGUACUCGUGCCCAUUCCCGGGUUGCAAACGUAACAAGGAGCACAAAAAGUUCCAGCCUUUGAAGACGAUCCUGUGCGUCAAGAACCACUACAAACGCACGCACUGCGACAAGAGCUUCACUUGCAGCCGCUGCCACACCAAGAAGUUCUCCGUCAUUGCCGACCUGAAAACACACGAGAAGCACUGCGGGAAGAACAAGUGGCUCUGCUCCUGCGGCACGACGUUCUCGAGGAAAGACAAGCUCUUUGGCCACAUUGCUCUCUUCCAAGGACACACCCCUGCGAUCCUUGUCGAGGACACCAAGCUUUCGGCUGUUGCAUCUACUCAGAGAGAGAAUGCAAACAACAACAACAACAACAGCAACAGCGACGCGGGAAUGGUUGGCUUCGAUCUCGGUUCUGCGAGUAACCUGAACCAAGAAACCGCGCUGCAGCAGCAUUCUGAGUUCAUGGAGGAGAAGAUAAGCUUUGAGGAGUCUUUCUCGCCGCUGAGCUUCGAUACGUGUAAUUUUGGAGGGUUCCAUGAGUUCCCACGACCCAUGUUUGAUGACUCAGAGACUUCAUUUCAAAUGCUUAUUUCGAGUGCUUGUGGUUUCUCACCAAGGAAUGGUGGUGGUACUGGUGGCUCUGUUUCAAAUACUAGUCUCUAA